GUAAAAGUAAAACUACGCACAUCCAUUUUCUGUCGAGGGGAAAAUAAACCAUUUCAGGAGUAAAAACACAGGUUUGAUUUAACACACCGAUGUUGGAGUGAAGUAAACGUGUGUCCUGCUGUAAUCUGGAGAAGGAGACAUGACCUCCAACAUGAGUGUGUCUGGAGAACAGGACUUAAAGAAAGACGAGAGAAUGAUGGAGGGAAAGAGAUCAGACUCACCAGAACCCAGCUGUGUGUCCAUGAAGAGUGACCGGUCAAUGGAUCAUCCACUUCUGUUCAGAGACAGAGCCAGUUCUCCUGAUGUGAGACCACAAAAGAAGAAAUCAAACAUCAGCAGAAAUCAGCUAGACUCCAUAUUCGAGGAGCUGGAACACAAAGUCAUCACUCUGAUAAAGAAUGAGCUGAAGAGGUUUAGGAAGCUCCUGAGUCCAGAUUACCCAGCAUGCACUGAGAGGGAGGUGGAGGAUGAGGAGGAUCUGCAGAGUGUCAGAGAGGGAGCGCUGAAGAUCACACUGCACGUCCUGAAGAACAUGAACCACACAGAUCUCGCUAACACACUGCACAACAAGUCUGUGGCCUCUGUGUAUCAGACAGAGCUGAAAUCCAGCCUGAGAGAGAAGUUUAAAAGAAUUAAUGAAGGAAUCUCACAGCAUGGAAGCUCAGCACUUCUGAAUGAGAUCUAUACAGAUCUCUACAUCACAGAGGGUUGGAGUGGAGACGUCAAUAACGAACAUGAGGUGAGACAGAUUGAGACAGCGUCCAGGAGACCAGCAACACAGGAGACACCCAUCAAAUGUAACGAGCUCUUUAAAGACAAGUCCAUCAGAAGAGUGCUGACUAAAGGAGUUGCUGGAAUUGGAAAAACAGCCUCUGUGCAGAAGUUCAUUCUGGACUGGGCUGAAGGAAAAGCAAAUCAGGACGUCACCUUCAUGUUUCCACUUCCCUUUAGAGAGCUGAAUCUGAUGAAGCAGAGAAAUCUCAGUCUGAUGGAGCUUCUUCAUCACUUUUUCCCAGAAAUGAGAAAACUAGAAUUACUAGACUCCUACACAGUGGUGUUGAUCUUUGAUGGUCUGGAUGAGUGUCGACUUCCUCUAAAUUUCCAGAAGAAUGAGAGAUUGUGUGAUGUGACAGAGUCAGCCUCGGUGGAUGUGCUGCUGACAAACCUCAUCAAGGGGAAUCUGCUUCCCUCUGCUCUCCUCUGGAUAACCUCUCGACCAGGAGCAGCCAAUCAGAUCCCUCCUGAGUGUGUAGACCAGGUAACAGAGGUACGAGGCUUCAGUGAUCCUCAGAAAGAGGAGUACUUCAGGAAGAGGAUCAGUGAUCAGAGCCUGGCCAAUAAAAUCAUCACAUGCAUGAAGUCUUCAAGAAGCCUCUACAUCAUGUGCCACAUCCCAGUCUUCUGCUGGAUCUCAGCCACUGUUCUAGAGAGAAUGUUGGGUGAAGCAGAGAGUGGAGAGGUCCCCAAGACUCUGACUCAAAUGUUCACACACUUCCUGAUCUUUCAGAUCAAACACAAGGACCAAAAGUACCAUCAGAAAUGUGACCCUGAUCCUCAGCAGACCAGAGAGAGUAUCGUGGCACUGGGGAAACUGGCUUUCCAACAGCUGGAGAAAGGAAACCUGAUCUUCUAUGAGGAAGACCUGACAGAGUGUGGCAUUGAUGUUGGAGAAGUUGCAGUGUACUCAGGAGUGUGUACCCAAAUUUUCAGAGAGGAGUUUGGGCUUCACCUGGGGAAGGUGUUCAGCUUUGUACAUCUGAGUGUUCAGGAGUUUCUGGCUGCUUUAUACACAUUUCUCUGCUUUAUUUUUAAAAAGACUAAUGUAUUAGUGGAGCAACGCACUGGACUUUUCCAUUUCUUCAGCAAGUCAACCAUGUCUGAUUUCCUCAGGAGUGCAGUGGACAAGGCCUUACAGAGUGAGAAUGGACACCUGGACCUGUUCCUCCGCUUCCUUCUGGGUCUCUCACUGGAGUCCAAUCAGGCUCUCUUACGAGGCUUAAUGCCCCAGACAGGAAGCAGCUCUCACAGCAAACAGGAAACAGUCGAGUACAUCAAGGAGAAGAUCAGGGAGAAUCCAUCUCCAGAGAAAUCCAUCAAUCUGUUCCACUGUCUGAAUGAACUGAAUGAUCAUUCUCUAGUGCAGGAAGUACAGACUUACCUGAACAGAGGAGGUAACAUUCGUCUCAGGGUAACCAGACUCUCUCCUGCUCAGUGCUGCUCCAGUGCGGAGAACAUGACCGAUUGUGUGCAGCUGACUCAGGGGAGGAACUAUGCUAAUAGGGCAGAGUCCCUGGGCAGGGCUUGUUCCAACGUGACGUCACAUUAG